AUGCUCUCGCAGCACUUUUCGCAUAGCAAGAAAAAUCAGCGCACAGGAGUGGAUCUCCUGCGCGACCCGCUGCUUAACAGGGUAUUAUCUUCCACAACACUUUCUACUCUAGUCGUCACUUAUUUUUUUCGAUUUUCUUCUCAGCUGACCGCCUUCUGUGCUUUUAGGGCCUUAGUUUUUCGGCCAAAGAACGUAAGGACCUCAAAGUGGCAGGACUAAUGCCGGCGCUCGUGGAUUGCGAUUCUUCCUCAGAAGGUUGCUACCAGGAGCGACUGUGCAUGAAACGUCUUCAAACGUUACCAAACAACUUGGACAAAUUCGACUACCUCAUGCGAAUCUACGACACGGACAAAGUUGCCUUCUUUCGCAUAAUUAGUAGGAAUGUACAAGAACUUAUGCCGUUGGUUUACACGCCUACUAUUGGUCUCGCCUGUGAGAAUUAUGAUCUGGUGCACUGCAAUGGACGGUUAGUUGACUCUUUUUGUGAAUGCUAUUGCGUAAUAAUGCUCUCGGGACAUCGUCAAUCGAAACACCGUAUCAUAUGUAUCAAUAAAUUGCAAUAAUAGUUUACUUGUUAAAAGGUCUAUCUGCAGCACACGGAAAGCAGCCGCGGUAUCAUUACAAGUCUGGUAUACAGGGUAUAAUGAGUGUCUUAAAGGACAUGUUGUGUUUAACUUUCUACUGUUGAUAUUCUAUCUUCCUUGUACAAUUUAUCGACGUAUUAGUCCAGCUUCCUAAACUUGUGAGACCUGCUAUACUGCUUAUUCAGUCCCGGUUAGUUUCAAAAUGCUGAGCUACCUGAGACACGUAGCACAAUAUUGUUCUCAAAAUUCGAGCGGAAUCUCCACUGAAACUUUGUUUAAAUAUGAUUUUCUUCAUUUAGUGGACUUUUCAUCCCCAUUACCGAAGCAGGCAAUAUCACCUCUAUCCUCGAAAACUGGCCCAUAAAGGAUGUUCGAGUAUGUAUGUCAACAUUGCACAGCGCGUUUAACACCUAAUGAUUAUUGGUCAACCCCCUUCUUGCUUGAUAUGGGUAGAUGCGUUUUCUAUUGGGUUUCUAUUCAUACCGUUAGGUUGCUCUAUGCGUGCGUCGAGACUUUUGUUGCCUUAUUUUUUGCCUUCGCUGUUUGGUAACACGAUCGGUGAGCGCACGUCUACCAUUGUAUAUACCUGAUCGCAAUCGACAGGACAACGAGCCCUUAACUCAGUGGUUAGGGGCAUUGGAAUUCUAACCAACAGGUCGCGGGGUCGAGUCACAGGUGUUUCAUACUUCGGGGUUGGGUAUGACUAGAUGACGAUGGUUAAUAAACCAGAAAUGGCCAUUCCAGUCUCCCUUGUAUUUGUCGGUAAUUUAAUUCUGCCUAAAGACAAAUUUAUCAUUUCAAGAAGAAAAUAUACCUGAUUCGGCGUUAAAAGUGAUAGUUUACACAGGAUUCUGAUUUCAAAAAUUAAAUCUGACAAUUGCACAACAUAAUCAUCAAAUUCCAUUAUUUAGUUUGGGAAAUUUAGCCUCAUGUGAAGGCCUUGCUCAUGUAAUCUGCUCUAGAGAUAUCGUCGUUGAACGAAAAUGUUACCCGGCUUAGUUUACUGCCUGGCGAUCAACAUAUGACCUGCAUCUGUUCAGUUGUGACCUAAUUCGGAAGUCUAUUGCUGUAAACAAGCAGAUUCGUCUUCAUACUAUCAAGACGCGUUAAUAAUCGUGGCUUGGAAAGUUGUUGACUUCUAAGAUGACUCAACCCUCCUUCAGACCAAGGGGUCAGGCCGUUAUGUGGCUUUCAUGACAGGUCACAUAAGAGAGAGAUUUUGAACCCGUCAAUUUGAAAGUUGGUACAUGAGCGAGCGGGGAACAGCAAGUGUAUGGCACAUGUAGACCUAAUCUGGCUCUCCUCAUCUACGGUGCCAACUCCCAGUUCCAGACUCUUUGACCCUGCCUUACACUCUAAAUACAUUGGGAGUGGAAAAAGAAAAGGAGGUUGCUACAGCGCAAGCCUGUUUAAAUGCUGAGAAAUUCCUGUUCAUGCCAGAACGGUGUACAGCAGCGAUCCUCGGCGUUUUUCAUGGAGGAAUUUGUUAUUGGGUUCAUGUACCCCUUCCAUUUAGGUCAUUGUUGUGACCGACGGAGAGCGAGUCCUCAAACUGGGGGAUCUCGGCGCAUACGGAAUGGGCAUCGCCGUGGGAAAACUGGUCCUCUGCACCGCCCUCGCGGGCAUUUCACCGGAGAACUGUCUCCCCGUCGUCCUUGACGUAGGCACCAACAACCAGGUAAGCUCUCAUAAAAACAGCGCUCGGAGACUACAUUUCCUUUUGGCCCACACGCGAAUGUACCUAAGUGUACGUAACACGACGCAUUGCCGCAGCUCAGUGUGCAUCCGUCACUCCAGUGCACCUCCAAUUCAUCACUUCAUUGACACAAUUGUCGUUGUAAUGUGCUUUAGGUCGCCUGACCAAUUUCCUAACAAAAACGCCAAACGGCAUCAACUUUUCCCAUUAACUGGGUUUUGUUUCUCACUUACAAGUAUAGCACGUUUGGUAGAAAUGUCCAAUAUACAUUUUUGUAGUCUGCUUACGGUGCCCUCGCUAAGACACGGGAAUAGGAACUCCCAUAUGACAAGUUGUUUUGCGCUAAAUUCCUGUGGGCACAUAUUCUGUGUACUUCAACCUUAAACCCAUUAUUGUCAUCAUCAUUCUGAGGCCUAGCAUUCCUAUUAGUACAGACUGAUAGACACAGAACCAGAGAUGGAGAAAGAGAGAGUCGGCACGGUACUUAACGUUGCGGUGUUUAGAGGAUGUAGCUACUGUGCGAUCACAGACCUGUCACUGGGGCAGGAAUGACGGCAGCUCACUAGUCGAACUUCACUCGAAAAGGUCAGUCACAACUUCUGUUACGAUGAGGUAAAAAUCCUUGCAAAAGGCGAGAAUGUCGUGAGCGGUCUGUGUCAUUGUUCUCUAAGGAGCGCGAACCCGAACACUCUUCUCCUUUGAGAGUUAUAAGUCCUCUCGCUGGGCGGCCACAGCGGUAGCCACUAUCCUGGCUGAAUACGAGUAAUGGAAAUAGACUUCGCCAUGCUUCGGUUCGCCUAGUAACUACUUUCGUAUCUUUGUUCGUCAUCUAAUCUGCUUGAUUGGUUCUUCCUAUUCGCAUUCGACAAAACUUCCCAUCUCCACCGUGACAUUGUAUAGGCACAUUGUUGCUGUCAGGUUUAUCGUUUUUUCGACUAACUCCUUUCACAAUUUGAAAAAAGCUAUUCCUAUUCCUGAACUAGACUGACAACUUAGCCGUUUCUUGAAUGCCCAGUCGUCUGGUUAAUUCCCGUCCUGCGAAAUUUGAAGCUUCUCACUUGUCGUUGCAGAAACUGUUGGACGACCCGCUCUACUUUGGCGUUCGCGCGGAACGUGCAACAGGUGAUGCCUACGAUAAUUUCGUUGCAGAGUUCAUGCAAUCCUGCACCAAGGUGUGAGUUUCCAAUUACUGUCAGCUGGGUCAACAUUCUGGUACCUUUUCGAAUUUGCACACAGAAGUCUGAGUAAUUCUUUUCACACACUGUCUAUUAUUUCCUGGUCUUGUUCUCCGUAACGUCGUGCCCCGUUUUACGAAACUGAGUCAUCCGAUUAAGUUCGUCCUGAAUAUCGGCUCAUCCUUCCGCAAGGCAUUCUCAGUUAUGUUGUCACCGUUAAAACCGAUAGGUUUGGAAUCUGUUCAAACCAUGAAACUUCCUAUUUGCAGCCCUGACGAAGGUCACCCCUCCCGCUAAACUAAAGCACAAGUAAAUCCUAGCUCCACAUCACAAGGAAACUGAUUUUUCCUAUAGUUGCCAUUUUAAAUCUUUGCUUAACUCGAGGCCAUUUUGACCAUUUCUCACUUCUGUUGGUGUGGACAGGCCUGUCGACUGCAGAACUGAGUUCUUGUCUCACUAGACCCUGAGAGUGCUACUCGGCAAAUCAAUGAUGCUGGUUUCUAUUUUAUUCGUAUUUCGCUUUUCGUUGUCAUUAUUGGAUGCAUAAACUAGCCAGGGGCAGAUAGUAACCACUACGACUCUCGGACCCGGUCCCGAGUAAGAGAAGAAGAUGGAAGCAAGACGUGCAUCUGGAGCAGGUUGGCAAAUGAACGCCCGACGUCUGAAAUAAAUGGGGUGGCUGACAGGGCACGGUGGCUUUGCGUUAAAUUCCAGGGGAAGUUAGGACUAUGACUGGGAUCAGGGUCAGGGUUAAAGUUAUGACCCUUUAAUAGUUACUUCUCUCUGAGGCAAGGAUAGGGUGUAGGACCACCAACUAGUUUGAGCUAACCUUUGGACCAUGUCAUACGUUGAAUGGUGGUAGAAGGGGUUUUACGGGUGGGGCAGUACGAGGGACGGAGAGCGGGAAGACACAGAAGAUAGAUAAAUUUCCACUGAAAAUCUAAUCAUACGCUGUCAUUUGGCAAAGAAAGUAAGCGCAAAAAUUAAACAAUAAAUAGAAAGCAAUUUGUAAACAAACGGGCAGUGAAUAAAGCGCCGCUGGUAAGUUCACAUUUAGUCAGGAAGCGGAGGAAAUUUCAAACAAUGGGAGCGGUGAAUAAUGAGUGAUGUUCACAGUCGCACUGCAUUUUAGGGUAUAUUUUAGGAGUUGCCAUCUACAUAGUACCCUACACCCUAUCGUUUCCCUCCCGAAAUUUGCCGCAAGACCACCUGUAAUGCAGGAAUGGGGUUCUUAUUCCCGUGUCAAACAGGGCGGCCUCAGAUUGUAUUGGACGAAGUCGCACCCUCGGCAGCCUUUACGUUAACUGGUCUGUUCGGAUGACUGUGAUUGAUCCGGAUCCCCAUGUCUGGCAUUCGAGUCGUCCCUGACAAAGUCAAGGUGAAGCGUCAUGUCUGCGAGGAAUUUCCUGACUGAUGAUGUGCAACGCGGAAAUACUGCCAGGCUGUGUUUAGGACGGAGACGUUUAGUACUUCUUAGAGCUUCAUUGUUGACUUUUUUUCUUAUUAUUUGUGUACACAUACAUGCCUGGAUCGAGCUUUUUUCGAAUUUAUGCCGCUCCUCGUUCAUUGGCCGUGUAAGAACGAUGCAGAUGUCCUAGUGGGCCCAAAAGUUGUGCUGUGGACAAUUCCUCGGACUCAGCGUGCUUGCCUUCGAGGAAGAAGUCCUGAUGGGUCACGGAUGCUCACCCUGGCCAGUCUAGUGGCCUAUUCUAAUCCGUUAACGUACCGCGGAGUUUUUUGACUUGUUGCAAAUCUGAGGUACUCUAUUUACUUACAGACAUCCGCAUCCGGCUUGCUGAACUUUAUAGUACUGGACUUAGACGACGGACACAUCGACGCGAUGUCCCCGUAUAUUUUUUAGGCAGUGACUUUACGAGUCCCAGAAUACUAGAGUGAGAAAUACGGUGCGUGACCGAUCUCAUGAAAUGUUGGCCAAAAUUCUGAAAUGUGUUUUCCAUUAGGAAGGAUUACUAAGGUGGGGUUGUAAUAUUGAUUAGUAUGCAGCCUAAUCCUAUAGCAUUUUUGACUCAGCAGGAUGUCGGCUUUUGGAUGUACUCCUUUCUGACCUUCUGCUGAAACCGCGAUCUACAAAAAUGACUACUUAAAUUGCAUGUAUUUUUCGUAUUGAUUUGCGAUGGUCUUACAAAUUCAAAUAUAUUUUAUAGAGAACGUGCACAAAAUAUGCCCUCUUUUAAUCGUUCGGUAGGAUCUCACACUGCAUUCAUAUCUUAUACCUGAAGAACAUGUAGAUUUAGGCUUUAAGAAAGCUUCUAAUUAUGAGAUUUUCAAGACCGUGCAAUGUUCAUGUAUACAACAUCGUACAUGUCCGUAUCCAUUGCAAAAUGUUAUAAACUCUAUAUGGCAUCUUCUUAAAGGCAUAGAGGAAUAUAUGACUUUCCUUAAGCGGAAAGCUUGCACUUUGCAAACUGAAAUCGCUAGUUGUUAAUGCAAUGGCAGAUCUGGCUUAAAAUUAUUCGGGAAUUAGAAAACUUUUUGAAACCAAAAUAUGCACUUUCUUCGGACAUAAAAUAUGAAUGCAGUGUGAGAUCCUACCGAACGAUGAAAAGAGGGCAUAUUUUGUGCACGUUCUCUAUAAAAUAUAUUUGAAUUUGUAAGACCAUCGAAAAUCAAUACGAAAAAUACAUGCUAAUUAAGUAGUCAUUUUUUGCAUAUCGCGGUUUCUGCAGAAGGUCAGAAAGAAGUGCAUCCAAAAGCCGACAUCCUGUUAAGUCCGAAAUGCUAUAGGAUUAGGCUGCAAGCUAAUCAAUGUUACAAGCUCACCUAAGUACUCCUUCCUAAUCGAAAACACACUUCAGAAUUCCGGCCAUCAUUUCAUUAGAUCGGUCACGCACUGUAGGAAUAGGUCUCUGCUCUAAAUUGCUGACUUUUGGACGACUGGACCAGCUCCCCAUUGACGGAACCUGUGCUGCUCAUGAAUCGAAGUGAUUAUUUAUGAGCCCUUCACCCUGUCGGCCAUAUACUGGUCUAAAUUUGCGUCUUAUUUUCGGUGCCUUCUGCCUUCGUCAUCGUCCAGUUAGUGCGAAUGUGCCAGUAGAGACUGGCCUGCAGAGACAGACCACAUGUCGGAGCGCAAUAGGGCCGCUGGGAUAGCCGUCAUGCCCAAUGGUUAGUCGAUUUUCCCGUUGGGUGAGCCGGUUGUCCGGUCAUCUCCGGUCAACCUCGCUGUCGCUAAUACAUUCGCUCAAGAGAUCUCUGCCUCCUUCUCACUGUAGUGUCAAUAUUACAGCAACGUCACGCCCUCCAACAUGCGAUCACCACAGACACACUCGAGACGGGGGAGAUAGUGGUUAUUCGGGUAGCAGGUCUUUUAGGACAUUUGGAGAGGGACGUAACAAAAGACAAGCACCUUCUCGGCAGCGUGAGGACAGGAGUUUCAGAUAAUACCUGAAAGAUUACUCAAACGACGGAAUGAUGGACUUAUGUGGUGAUCUGAACAUAUAGACGGUCAUAAGGCACUUGAUCCUGUUGUUGCUGAAGUAAUAGGCUACAAACACCCCCUUUGAAUUUUUGAAUAGCUUUUCACAGCCGGUCACAGUAUUCAGUGCAGCGCACUUUAAAUAAAUUUUGAGAGUGAACGGACUCCCUCUCUCUUUACUGGAAGUAUACAGGCGAAAUGACGCUUAUUGGGUUCAGUGGUAAAUAGCCUAUAGUGUGCUAGAAUCAUGUUGUCUUUAACUACAUAUGAUUUUCGAAUUGCGCAGGUGGAAACCAUCUUCCACCGUAAGUCUUAUUCUUGAAUGGCGUUUGGGCUGUAGAAUGUAGUCACUUGCUUCGUACGCAGCUAUCCUUGUUUACUGACAGACUUUCUGUGCUUCCGUUCCCUCUGCAGAUUCGGCAAGGAUGUGCUCAUCCAAUUCGAGGAUUUUUCUAAUCAAACCGCCCUACGUUUUCAGAAGAAGUACGCUCCACAGUACUGCUGCUUCAAUGAUGACAUCCAGGUUGGUCGGCGUGCUUCUCAUAAGUUUAAUAGUUCUACUUGAGGAAUUCGUUGGCUUGCUUUUGUUUCAGUCACCCACUGUGUUUUCGCGCCCUCUGAAUCGGAGUUAACACCGUAGCCACAUCGAGCCAUGCGCGUGUAAGGGGUGGUGCCCGUUAGCUCGGCGUCUUUGUGACUAUUACUGGCAGGAUGUAGAGCGCCGGCGUUUUUUUAAAAAACAGCUGCAAAGAUCGAGAACCCGCUCGUCUGGCCUUAAAGAAUGAAAAAAUUGUUUAGUUAAUCCGGUAUCCAGGAUAGCACGAUUAGUUUAGUUUACUUAUUUUGGUGGCCUUUAAGCUUCACAUCAAUGCUUAUUAGUGUGACGGUGUUAUUCACUAAACUGAAGUCAGCUGAGAUGUCUUUCAAUUAGAGCUCACUUCGUCAAACAGCAGAUGAGUCUGUACUUAAACAGAAAUUACCGGGAUGCAUGAGAACCCAUGUGGUCAACGGCUCAAAAAUACAUCUUCAUGCGAAUGCUUCCACUCAGUUCCAUGCCCAAGAGAGACCUAUAGCCUGCACUUUUGUCGAAUAUCACUAUUUUGGAGACCUACAAGCGAGUUGUACAAAUUGGUAACUAUAUACAGACGAAGAGGUAUGAGAGCUAGUUAGCGGUGUUAAUGCCGGACAUGGAAUCCAGCUGGGUAAUGCAUGUCAUCCAGUCUGUGCAGAGUUCAAGGUCAUCGGCCGUGGUACUGACCACAUGAACAUAAGCGUAGGUACAAAUGGAGUGGUUUAAGGACGCCAGCUUACUUAGAGUGCGUGACAGAUCUCAUGAAAUACUAGCCAAAAUUCAGGAAUGCGUUUACGGUAAGGAAGGAUUGCUUGAGUGGGGUUGUUAUACUGAUUAUCAUGCAGCAUGACCCUAUAACAUGUCGGCUUUUGAAUGCACUUCUUUUUGACCUCCUGCAGACACCACACUCGGUAAAAAAUGAUUACUUAAUUAGCAUGCAUUUUUCCUAUGGAUGUUCGAUUGUCUUAAAAAUUCAAAUAUAUUUUAUAGAAAACAUGCACAAAGUAUGCUUUCCUUUGUACAUUUAGUACGAACUCACAUUGUUUCCGUAUCUUGUGCCAGAAGAAAGUGUGCAUUUAGGUUUUAAAAAAGUGUCGAAUUAUGAGAUGCUUUUGACGGUGCGAUGUCCAUGCAUGCAAGACUGCACAUGUCCGUUUACUAAUGCUCCUCAUAAAAUGUACAACAUAGUCCUGAUCUAUUGCGAAAUUUCAUGAACUCUAUGUGUUAUCUUGUUAAAGACAUAGAGGAAUAUAUGGCUUUCCUUACGCGGAAAGCAUGCACCUUGUAGACUGAAAUCGAUAAACGCUGAUGGGAUGGCAGAUCAGGCUGAAAAUUAUACGGGAAUUAGGAAACUUUUUCAAAACCUAAAUGCACACUUUCUUCUGGCAUAAGAUAUGGAAAUUAUGUGAUUUCCUUCCAAAUGAGCAAAAGAAAGCAUAUUUUGCGCACGUUUUCUGUAAAAUAUAUUUGCAUUUAUAAGAUCAUCGGAAAUCAAUACGACAAAUGCAUGCUAAUUAAGUAGUCCUUUUUUUACCGAGUGUGGUUUCUGCAGGAGGUCAACAAGAAGUGCAUUCAAAAGCCGACAAGUUUUAAGGCAAUGCUGCAUGAUAAUCAGUAUAACAACCCCACUCAAGUAAUCCUUCCUAAUCGGAAACGCAUUCCAGAAUUUUGACCAACAUUUCAUGAGAUCGGUCACGCACUGUCGAUGGCGCAAUUUGUUGCUCAAAACAUUCAGAUGAAAAACUUUGCCGCAGAGAAUUUGAAGGGCCACCUUAAUUGACCUACCGUUUGUACCCCGAAAUGAAUAUUUGCCCUGGAAUGAGAGGGUAUGUCUAUAACUUGAUAUAGGCAAAAUUUUCAACGGUGGGUAAGCGAACUCUAUGGUCGCCCGCAAGCGAAACGUACGGGUAUCAUUAUCGAGGAAUUGAACAGUAAACGUAAAAAAAUUAGUUUCCUACGAGGAUCUCUGGCGGGGAUAAAUUUAAAACGUCUUUAAUUGGUACGAGUGAACAGACAAGAAGGUUAUGUUGCAGAUAGCCAGAUAAUAAAGUGUGUGCGUUAAAAAAAGAACACGAAUACUAGAGAGUGAAAAGGUCAAAACUAGUUGCUCAGUUUAGAAAAAACGCGUCCUUCGGAAAGGUUUUUGUGUCCGAAACUACGGCCUUGACAUAUCGCAUGCAAUAAGAUGGCGUAUCAAUAAGAGAGCAUAAAAACAGUACAUAUCAUAAAGCAGCGGUUCCAGCCGUGACAGAAACAGUUUGCACAUAGUUGAAUAAUGUUCACUACCGGCGGGAAGAUUACGGGGUAUUAAGUUCCUUAAGAAGUUUUUGCUAGUCACCCAUCCUCCCUCACUAGGAGCCACCAAAAGUGUGACACAGGCCACUGCCCUCCGCAUUUAUGGUGAACUAGUAACUUGCUGCCACCAGCUUUCGAGACAGCCGUCUGGUCCGUGAAGAGAUGUGUCUUGUUUGUGGAUAAACUUACGCGGGCCAGGACUGCGUAAUCUUCGUCCAUUUUCAGGAAGAACAUCAGGAACGAUGAUGGUGAUCUGAACAUUGUUCCCUUACUUUGUUCCGAAUUUAUGCAUAGUCCGUUACAAUCAAUACUGAAGACUUCUGAUAAGCUGCAAAUCGCAAUACUUUGAUUCCUUAAACUACUCACUCUCAGUAAGUCAAAGUUUCCUAACUCCAACAGACUUUUACGAGUUCACUGAAUUGCAUUUUUUUCACGCCCGCUCAAAACGUAUUAUAGAACAUAGCAGUUAAAACUUUCGGUAUCCUCUCUCCUAAAGGCAAAAACUAUUAGAUGUGUAGGUUGGUUGCAUGAAGGCUUUGAACACAACAUCAGUUUAAUCUAAACAGUAGCUCAAGGCGAGUCCACAGAUGGAUGCUUAAAUGAGAGACGGCAUUCCACGGAAUAAAUUAUUCAUGGUCGAUUAUAAUGCAGUUACUCGCGGACCAAUUUUGCGGUCCGUUCUGGAAGUCCUAGGUUCAAACUUCUGGUGUAGAAUAAUUAUCCAACAGUGUCAGGCCGCGGGAGCAUCCUACGAACUUUCUCCUAACUCAAAGGUCAUUUUGCCUUGUUUAAUUUCAGAGGAAACUAAUGUGCGAACUUGGAGUAAUUCUUUCAAAACAGACCUUUUCAGGCACGGUCCGAAGUUUGAUAUGAAUAUUUGAGCUGAAAUCCAUCAGCUACUGCGGAAUAACCGCUUAAUAUUCACAAACCGCCAACAGGCAGCCAGUAGUAUAGGAGUGUGCGAUGAUUUACCAUACUAACAACACAGGUAUUAGCUAAAAGCCCAGACACGCGUGUUUCGCCAUGUUUCAGCUCAAAUAUUCAUAUAAAACUUUAAACCGUGCCUGAAAAGGUCUGUUUCGAAAGAGUUACUACAAGUUUCCUCGGAAAUUAAACAAGGCAAGUUGAAACUGGAGUUCAUAUACCAGAAAACACACGGGGAAAGCUGGGGGACCCACUGACGAGCCGAACCCCUCGCAGCUGCGUCAGGCAGCGGCACAAGAUCGGCAAAACACGCGUGCCUGGGCUUUUAGCUAAUACCUGUGUUGUUAGUACGGUAAAUCAUUGCACAAUUCAAAGGUUAUUGUCACCCAUUACAUUGCUUAUUACUCGUACUUCGUUGCUUCCCUACAUAGGGUGCCGCAUCAGCUAUCCUGUCAGGCCUACUUACUGCGAGCCGGAAGUCAGGACGCAAACUGCAAGAGGAGACUUUUGUCUGUUUUGGCGCCGGCAAGUUGAUGCUUGGUUUCGCCCGUCUGCUGUUGGAAGCUCUGAAGUCUCUCUGUUCCCUCAAUGAAAGAGAGGCGCGGAGUCGCAUUUUCAUGGUGGACAGUCGCGGCCUGAUCGUGAAGAAUCGGGCCAAAGGCGGAAUCAGUACUGAAAAGGCCGUCUUUGCAAGGCCGGUUGGAACACCAGAGAUGACCGACUUAAAGGAGGUGCGUUUCCUGAUUCCUAUGUUUGUUUACGCAUUCUUGAUUUGGCAGGGAAGGUGUAGGGGAUGCCAAAAAAGGGUAGUCACUUUGACGGAUUGACAAUUCGUUUGGAAUGUCCACUGUCCCGAAAAGAGUCCGGCAGUCUCACUGUAAAGCCCGUUCGCGCGUCCCGACAGCGUGCUCUUGACACCGUCUUGCCAUUGGCUGCGGCCAAAGUGCUUUCCUCGAACCUGGUCAGUUCACGUCUGCAAGAGGUUUCUCGACUCUUCUGGUCGUUUCUUCGUGCCUCUGCUGAGUACCAGGUCGGGUCGUAACACAAUCUCACUAAGCACCUGACUGUAUGAGGUGGUCAGUCGGACAUGACCAUAAGAGACGCUAAGCAAUCAUUUAUCUCCACAAGAUCGUGCUGAGCGCCGCUGUCAAAUUUCCGUAGUAGAUGUUAAUGGCAAAAAACCUUGUAAGCUUGGAAGAUUAGACCUCGCGGUAAUAGCAGAAGUACCAUCCGGCCCAUGACGGACAUACAGGGCUGGUUCCGGCCAAGUCAGAUACUUCUUCCUAUUUCGUUUCUGGUAUUAGCCUGGUUUUUCUUGCAUGGGAAAGCAGGGGUGAGGUCGGUACUGCGCAAACACCCCUCAUAGCCGUUCAUUUCACAUGUUGUCUUCGGGCCCGACGCGCCCAAUACCCCUUGUUCUCAGACUCCGAAGGGGAGACAGAAUACACCAGCGUAAGUACGAAUGUUACGGUGGAAGUCUAAGUUGCAAACACACACUGCGAGACUGCGAACAAGUUUUGAUCCAGUCAUCAGUUCUGACGCAGUUGGCCGACAGCCCGAAGAUUUCCAAGUCAGAAGGCAGGGAAGACAGUUGGAUGAGCUCUACUUAGGCGACGAAGUAUACAUGCAGCUCAGCGAGCAGCUACGGGAGGCGUUCUCACCAGGCAAGUGAGAUUCUAGUCCCUGCGCGAAACGCGUGCGUGCGCUUGGACUUUGUCUGCCUGCAGCCAGUCAGCGAAGGACAGAGUAUCGAUUGUCCUCGAACUCUUGCCACACUGGUGCCAAGUCAUAUGCGGCUCCGGCAGCGAAUUGACAGGAAGCCAGAGAUGGAUAGAAGAGCGGCGCAAGUAAGAGACCGCUCCGCCGACCUCGGGGACGGGGUGCCAGUUUCUUACUGCCCUGUUCUGGGUGUUAAGUCGAAGGAGUUUGCGCAAGACUAUCGGAACAAACACCCAUGGAGUUUUUCAUACAUUGUCACAUGUCCUACCCAAUAAAUCAUGUGUAACUACUUUAACUCAUUAUUUUCUGGGUCAAGGUCUUGAUUAUCAUCUGUCAUUUAUCAUUAAAAAGUCGGUAAAGCGUGAUUAUGUAGCCCCAUUUGAUGGACACAAUACUGUUGGGGUUGGGGUUAGGGUUAGGGGUUGGGGAAAAUAUUUCUCAAGUACUCGAAGUACAACCUCGCAUCCCCAAUAGCGUUCCUUUUGCACACAACUACUUGAUCUCGUCGCCUACGCGUUCCCCGGUCCCUUAUUAGAGGUGGCUGGGGUUUCCUUAGCUCAGGUGGGGCAACAUAACCACAUCUGCCCAAAAAGUCAAUCAGACUACUUUUUUCAUAUUAAAAUAUGAUAUUUAUUUCUUUUGCAAAAGUGUAACUUAAGAAGCUGCUGCCAGCUGGGUAAAAACAUCUCUCGGAAUGGGUAGCCAUAUGGGAUCAUAAUCAUCUAAUCCAACUAUUCUAAUGCACCCAGAAUCUCCGGAUGUUACGUUCAUAUUUUUCCCUUGUCAACCCGCAUACUGACUAGUCAGAAAAAACAAAAGUUAACGAUCAGUACGUUUUUUGACAGCCGUGACGAAUGAUUCUACCACUGAAGCGCAUUUAGAAGAGCCGAAUGGCCAAUCGGCAAUGUAUAUUGGUCUUCAAGGAAAACGAGAUUCUGAAAACUUCCGCACAAGCAAAGGCGGCAAUGUAGACGAUCGUGGCUGAAUUUUCUGUUUUUUCUGUUCUAGAGGGACAUGAUCAGCUUUAUGCAGAAAGUGCUCCAAGCUAACAUGUUGUUAGGAAAGGACGUUAAACUGUGAUGGAUAGUAGAUUUAAAGGAACGGGACUCUUGGUGAAUCGUAAGCUGAAAACCUCAUUGGUCCUCCGUUUGCGUCGAGCUCCGUGCCAUCCUGCCCUGGAGAAAUCUCUAGGGGUCUUUGAAUCCUUGUACAUCGGUCCUGGCGCCAGGUUAAGGACUCCGAUAGGCUUAAAGUAACCAGUCGUUGGAGGUGAUAAGCCUUGCAAGUGACUCACGCGUAUUGUAGUUUAAUACGAUUCAGACCCUGGAUAAGCAGGAUGAUCGGCUGAUGGAUCCUGCCUCGGAUGCUCAGACAGACUGCAUGUGUGUGUAUGUGUACGUGUGAUAGGGCGAUAAUAUAUAUGCUUGGGGACGUAUUGCAGUAUGCCCCUAGUCGAUGACAACACUUUUUUCGCCAUACCCCAGCGAAGCAGACAACCGUAUAAAGUCUCUCGGGCUUAAAAAUCAAUGGCAAUCUUCAUUUUUUAAUAAAACGGUUUCUCUGCAAAAUCUGAUAAUGAGGGUGCUAGAAACCUUAUCUUAGAUUACUAUCUGGACUAUAACAGUCACGGUCUAGUUUAAAAUACUCCCAUUUCUCAAACAGUGGAUGUCCUUUGCAACAGGUGUUGGGGGUCACUGGAUGAUAAGAGCUAUACGCGUGCUGCGGUGCUUUCGCUAUGGGAUGUGGUCAGCUUUCGAAUAAUAAAAUGCGGUGGAUAUGAAUUAGGCUAUGAAAUUUGACCGGACACCUCUUAAAUUUCCAGUAGUACUUUUAUCAAAUAGUGCGCGGUCAGAAUUCCUCUAUCCCUAAAUGGAUUGGAAAUAAUGCAUACAAUGGUUUUCAAAUCGUCGUUUCUGGUAAAAAAAAAGACUGAUAGCAGCCAGCAAAAGUGCCCCCCAGCCUACUUGGUUGGAGAAUCCACGCAUAUACUGGCUGUAAGUGGUUUUAUUUGCGUCAACUGUAUCUUUGUCGCUUGGUCGUAUGAUUGACAAAAAGUGCCACUGAUAGCCCGACAGAAAUAAUAUCUUGUUUUCUUCAUUAUUGCUGUUUCAACCAUUGGGCUCGAUGGUCACACUACUGAGCACUAUGAUACGUGGGUCACUAUGGUUUCUGUUGUCAACUUCACACACACUUCUGGAACACCGUUCCGUCGCCAUAUGGAAGAGUCGGCUUACGAAAGGUAGCUCGACAGCGUCUUGGCCGAGUAUAAUUUUUUCAGUUCUUAUUUUUUACCAAUUCCCACCUCGCAGUAAAAUUUUAUCGCCCUUACCUUCUCUCCACGACGGCGCACGCUCUUCUUUGGAUGACCGUAUUUUUAUCGUUAUUCAUUUAGCCUAACAUCUCACAACACCACCACUUUCCCAAUGACCCCAUACUGCAUAGCUAGGGUGCAGUAGACCACCUGAUCAAUAUGAAAUGCAAGAUCCUAGUCCCUUUUAAUUAAUUUUUCUCACCUUCUAGGUAGCCAUCUUUCGUUUUAGCUAGCAUGGAUUUACCUUUUCUAUUCUAACUAACCGAAAUUAUACAUACGUUGUCGAGAUACACAAGUCAGUUGCCUUCGGUAGAGGUCUUAAAAUGAAUUCCUAACGUUGUUCGUUGGCGCCUUUAGGAAUUUCGACAUAAUCUUUUUGCUCGCUGAUACACCACUGCUUAUAACAUGAAAAGUUGUUUAUUUUACUCUCAUUUCUGUGUUGACUGGGAGCAAGAAGGGCACCUCUGCUUUGAUUUUUCUCUGUCCGAUAACUGUGUAAAAUUGCAGCUGACUAUUUAUUCUUCCAUCUCAAAUGGCAGAUCAUCAAGUACUGCAAGUGUACGUCGCUGAUUGGUGCUUCUGCGGUUCCGAACUCCUUCUCAUCAGAAGCAAUGUCUCAGCUGGCGGAACACUGCCGAGAACCACUGAUCUUUGCACUGAGUACACCAACAGAAAGGGCUGAGUGCACUGCUGAAGCCGCCUACAAGGCCACUAAGGCAAUUCAUCUCCCCUCUUUGUCCAUGUUCGACUUUUUGUUUUCUUUUCUCUUCCGCGAUUUGAUGGCUCAGGGGUUACGUCAGUUUGAGCGGUGUCAGAUCAUAACUCCCCUGAGGAGGUUGAUAUCCUCAAGUUUGUAUGACACUCUGGAGUAAGCUCCCAUGAUAACGAUUACUGCAUUGCCAAGGUCCACAAAUAGUUAGCAUAGACUAUGCAGAGCGGAAUGGCUCUCUCUUUGGCCUGACCAAGACAUCUUUAAUUGACGUCCAGGAGGUAGUAAUUCAAAUUUCAGUAAGUGGUUUGACGAAACCAUCAUAAGUUUGCCUUCAUGGUAACUGCGACCACUGGGGGCCUUAUCUCAUGAAAUAACCAUCGUUCAUUUCUCUUCUCCAACAGGGUCAGUGCCUCUUUGCGAGCGGAAAUCCCUCUGCGCCGGUGACAUUAGAACCUAAUGAGACGCCCGAUAACUCAAAGACGUGCCGUAAGCCGGGUCAGGCCAACAGUUCCUACAUCUUACCCGGUCUCGUGUUAUCUAUUUCUGCCCUGCGCAUCCAGCCAAUCACCGAUGGGGACUUCAUCGCAGCUGCUGAGGUUUGUUAGCCAGUUUGAGGCCCUAUAUUUUGUACAAAACAAAUGUGCGCAGACACUUUCUGGAUUGUACAAUGAUUUACCGUACUAACAACAUAGGUAUUAGCUAAAAGCCCAGACACGCGUGUUUCGUCGAUCUUAUGCCGCUGCCUGACGCAGCUGCGAGGGGUUCGACUUGUCAGUGGGUGCCCCAGCUUUCCCCGUGUGUUUUCUGGUAUAUGAACUCCAGUUUCAACUUGCCUUGUUUAAUUUCCGAGGAAAUUAAACAAGACAUCUUUCUGGAUUUUCAGAACGCUUGGGAACUCAUCUCUGUUAUAGGAAACAUGUAAACUUUGGCGAAAAAGACACCACCAGGUAAGUAACGGAAAAAUAAAUAAUUAAGUAGGCUCGACGAGGACAAAUGAGGCUGAGAAAGGGGCACUUUAUCACUCCUGCAACAACUCUUCAAUCAACCAAAUGUAAAUCACCUAUUGUGGGAUUUGUUUCGCAGCCCACUGAGAAUGUCUUUGUGAUUAACACUAGAGUGAGACAGCGUCAUACCUUCCGUACUGCCAGUGGAUGUCUUCCGGUACAUACGUCCGACGUCCGAAAGGGACACCAUACCAACGAAGAUAUGCCGAAUUGACAAAGAGAUCGGGGCUUUGUGGAGACAUUAAAGACGGAUAUCUGUAAUCCUUUCCAACUCUACUAUAUUAACACCCCUAGUUCGGAGACAACGAUGCUGCAGUUUUUGGACCUCAUUGCCUCCGAAAGCACAACCUUCGCACAAACGUUUAAACAAAGAAGGUAGCAGUGAUGCAACAAAGCGUAUUCUCCCGUCCUUGUGUUGCCUCUCUUCGUCAGGUCGAAAGCCAUUCCCACCAUGUCAUACGAUCAUUAGCAUAUCAGUUCGACCGCCUCAAACGACGAUGUCGACCGUGCGCCCAACACUGUGGCGGACACAAGACAGUGAUUUGCGCGUUAACUGACUUACUGUGAUAGCGGACUUGCGAAGCAUCUCCCGCACUCUCCCCGCCUCCCUUCACCCACCAGAGCUCAGUGGCAGAGCAGAUUCAGAAUGACCGGAGGGUGUUACGGGCCCGAUUUUGAAAAAAAUAAGCAACCUCGGUGGGAUUCGAACCCAUGACAGAAAGGGGCUGGGGUGGUCAGGUAACCUAGGGUUCAGUAGCUCGGGUACUCAAGCCUCUCCCUUGCUGUCAUAGGUUCGGAUCCUAAGGAGGUCGCCAAGUUUCUCAUAUUUGGGUCAAAAUGAAUCAUAUCCGUUUUUAAAAAUUGCCGUCUCUUGUGGGCAUGGCCUAGAAUGUCACUUUUCCGUCGAAAUUGACGCGUAAAUAAAGGGAUAAUGGGAAGCUAAUAAAGUACAAAAACUUAGUCACGCGUGACAGGUACAGUGCGUGACCUAUCUCAUGAAAUGUUGGCUGAAAUUCUGAAAUGCGUUUUCUAUUAGGAAGGAUUACUUGGUGCGCUUGUAAUACUGAUUAUCUUAAGGCAUACUCUUAUAACAUUUCGGACUCGGCAGGAUGUCGGCUUUUAAGUGCACUUCUUUUCAAUCUUCUGUAGUAAGCGUGCUCGGUAAAAAAUGACUACUUAAGUAGCAUGCAUUUUUCCCAUUGAUUUUCGAUGGUCUUUGAAAUUCAAAUAUAUUUUAUAGAAACCACAAACAAAAAUAUGCUUUCUUUUAGUCUAUCAAUAGAAAAUCACGUCUUCUUUAUAUUUUAUACUUAAGGAAGGAGUAUAAUUAGGUUUUAAAAAAGUUUUCUUAUUGCCGAAAAAUUUGGAGACUGAUCAUUCGUUGCAUUAGAGCCUAAUGAUUACACUCUACAAGAUGCAUGCGUUCCGCGUAAAGAAAAUCCCAUAUUUUUCUAUGUCAUUAAAUAGAUAUCAUACAGGGUCCAUAAAAUUUUGCAAUGGAUGCGGACCAUGUUGUACAUUUCAUGAGGAGCAGUGGUAAACGGCCAGGUGCGAUGUUAUGCGAAUGGACAUAUCGGGGUCUUAAAAAGUCUCAUAAUUAGAAACUUUUUUAAAACCUAAUUAUACUCCUUCCUUAAGUAUAACAUAUAAAGAAGACGUGAUUCUCUAUUGAUUGCUUAAAAGAAAGCAUAUUUUUGUUUGUGUUUUCUAUAAAAUAUAUUUGAAUUUCAAAGACCAUUGAAAAUCAAUGGGAAAAAUGCAUGCUACUUAAGUAGUCAUUUUUACCGAGCACGCUUUCUACAGGAGAUUAAAAAGAAGUGCAUUUAAAAGCAGACAUCCUGCCGAGUCCAAAGUGUUAUAAGUGUAUGCCUUGAGAUAAUCAGUAUCACAACCGCGACCAAUUAAUCCUUCCUAAUCGAAAACGCAUUUCAGAAUUUCAGCCAACAUUUCAUGAGAUAGGUCACGCACUGUAGUUUCUUUAUUGUCAUUUGGUCGCUAGCCCUAAAUCAAGGUCUACAGGACGCGAAUGCCCAUAUACCUGACCCCGUCUUCCUCACUCAUUCUUGAGUACUUUUCUUGCAUGAGUUCGUCCAAUCUCAUCUCUUUACCGUGGCUGCACUUUUUUACACUUACUGAACGACAAGAUUGCAGCUUUUUUCCAUUAGCAUCGACCAUAUACGUUCUUUGUCCUGAGUCUUGCCUCUUUUUUACUUCUGAUGAGAUGAGAGACGUCGGUCGGUAUUGACCAACAAAUACAGCCCACUCCCAGGUAAAGAUUCAGGGAGACAAAGUUGAAAGAUUGAACCUACGGCUCCCAGUGGGGCUUUGUAGCUAAGGUGCUUAGGGCUUUGACCGAACUCAACCUUGCACCUGGUGUCUUCGGUUCGAAUCCCACCGAGGCCGCUGAUAUUUUUCCGAUUGGAUCAAAUGGAAGAUGAAUAACUUGUUUGUACUGAGUUCGAGAACAUAAACGGCUCAAAGUUACCUCCGGGAGGAAUCCUGGCGCUGGACCCGCUAUCGGCUGAAAGUCUAUCAGGUCCGCGUGGGAUGUGUAGCAGGAAGUCUCUUUAAGGUCGCAUUAAUCGACCAUCUGGCGAAUGGCUUUGACCAUCAUAGGACACGCAGUCCGUUUGUGCUCCUGUUGAUUCAAGUGAGAAAAUAGAGCUCGAGUGCCCCCUACAGCUGCGCUCGCCCGGGCUGCCUGGAAUUCCAUGAUAGUGCGGCAUCACACCCCUGUUGUAGUCUGUAACGCCUGUCCCCUUUUCAGGCUCUCUCGGAGCUCGUGACAGACGAGGAGCUCAAAGACGGCUGCCUCUACCCUUCCUGGGAUCGAAUACGCAGCGUCUCCUAUAAACUUGCCUGCAAGGUAGGGCACAGUGCUUUCAAGCAAGGCCGUUGUCGCCUCAAACGCUCUGGUGGUGGUUUGAAAGAAGACGAGAUUGACAACGUCAUCAAAGGGCUGGCCUGCUACCCCAACGCGUCACCGGACGCAGAGAUCUAG